CACGUAUCGGUCGGUUGUCGGAAAUUUUCAGUGAAACAAAAUAAUUCAUUUGAUUCGGUUGUGAAGUAUAAAAAUCAAAAAUAUAUAAAAAAUUAAAGAAGAAUAAAGAGAACCGACAAUUAUAUUUAAUAAAAGUGAAAACUGUAAACGAUGAUUGUUCUAGUUUUUCUAGCAACAGUGCUGUUUGUCUUUAUAGUGCAAUGGUUUAUUAAGCAAUGGAAGUUUUACAAGUUCGCUGAUAAUAUUCCAUCGCCACAGUCGUUUGGUUUGCUUGGCCAUGCGCCUCAUUUUCUUGGAAAGAAUGAAGAAGGUCGUUUGAAUAUGUUACACCAGCUCUGUUUGGAAUACAACAGUUAUACGAAGCUUUGGUUGGGUCCAACGAUUCUAUGGAUCCUUGUCAAUGAACCCCGAUCAAUUCAAAAGAUUUUGUUAUCGCCUUUAUGUUUGGAAAAACCAUUUUUCUAUAAAUUUCUGAGAUUGGAGAAUGGAUUGAUAUCAGCAAAGUAUGAUUGUAUAAAUGAUGUCUGGAAAAUUCAUCGAAAAUCAUUAAAUUAUUCAUUCAAUUUGAAAAUUCUUCAAACAUUCAUACCAAUUUUUAUUGAAAAUUCUGAAAAGCUUGUUUGUGACUUAGAAGUGAAUUUGUCAAAGAAAAAAGAAUUUGAUAUGCUCUCAUUUACGACAAAAAGUGCCUUGAACAUGAUUUGUGGAACGUCAUUUGGAUUGGAUAUUAAAAAUGCUGUGAUGACUGACGAUGUUUUCCAUGCUCUCGAAAGAUUGAACAAAAUUAUUUCGGCACGUAGCCACUCAUUUCUUCUCUAUUCGGAGCCCAUUUACAAAAUGACAACUUACUAUCGUGAUGAAAUGGAAAGUAGAAAAGUCUGCUACACAACCGCUAAUGAACUUAUCAAAGAGAAGCGACGAGCAUUAAGUAGUAAUUUCGAAGAAACUGAAAAUAACAAUAUUGUGAAGCAUAUACGACCAGACUAUUCGAUGGAAGAAGAGUCUGAUAUUCCAACACGAAAGAUUUUUAUUGAUCACGUUUUGUGUAAUGACACAAAAUUCAAUGAUUCUGAAGUCCGCGAUCAUGUAUAUACAAUUGUAGCGGCAGGGUCUGAAACCACCGCACUUCAAACGGCACACACAAUUAUGCUACUUGCUACGCACCCAGAAAUUCAAGAGAGAGUUGCUGAUGAAUUAAAAGAAGUUUUCUAUUCUGAUGAAAUUGAUAUCAACUAUGACAACAUGAUGAAGUUGGAAUAUCUUGAGCGUGUGAUAAAAGAAUCUUUACGAUUAUGUCCAGUGGUUCCCAUCAUUGGACGUGAAACUCAAGCAACAAUAAAGAUAGAUGAAUACGAAAUUCCGCCUGGAAUAACUUUGUUGAUCAAUUUUUAUACUUUACAUCGACGACCUGAUAUUUGGGGGCCUGACGCUGAAGAAUUCAAUCCUGACCAUUUUCUACCUGAUAAUGUCGAGAAACGUCAUCCUUACAGCUUCCUUCCCUUCUCUGGUGGUCAAAGAAAUUGCAUUGGUUAUCGUUAUGCAAUGAUCGCUUUGAAAAUUAUACUCAUUCAUUUGAUACGAAAAUAUAAAUUCUCUACAAAAAUGAGUUACAAAGAUCUACGAUUCCGAACUGACAUCAACUUGAAGCUAUGUACGGAACAUUUAAACAUACUUAAAUAUUACAUUGAAAGCAAACAUAAAAAGUUAAUAGCAUUAAAGUUUGGUUCAUUUAUUAUUCUGCGUAAAAGAGAAGUUAGAAAGAUAAUGAUUAUUUUUGUGUUUUUAAUUACUGUUUUGAUUGUUUUCUUUGUACAAUGGUAUAUUGAACGUCAAAAGUUUUACAAGUUCUCUGAUAAUAUUCCAUCAGCUAAAAAUUAUGGAAUACUCGGACAUGGACCACAUUUUCUAGGAAAAGAUGAAGAAGGUCGUUUUAAACUUCUACAUGAUCUUUGUUUGAAAUAUGACAAGAUGAUAAAACUUUGGCUUGGUCCCGCCAUUCUUUGGAUUUUAGUGAACGAUCCAAAGUUAAUUCAGAAAGUUCUGUUAUCACCAGUGUGUCUUGAAAAACCUUUUUUCUACAAGUUUCUUCGUCUUGACUCGGGACUAAUAUCAGCAAAUCAAUCAUUUUUCUACUACUCUGAAUCGAUUUAUCGCAUGUCAAAAUACUAUCGAGAUGAAAUGGAGAGUCGCAAAGUGUGUUAUUCAGCAGCGGAUAUGAUCAUAAAAUUCAAGCGGCAAGCCUUAGAAGAUGAAGAUAGUUGCGAAAAUGAAAACAAAGUCAAUAAACGAAUCGAAGAAGAAUUAUAUGUAGAUGCGCUAACGAAAUUUCCUGAAUUGGUUUCAAUGAAAAAAGAAGAGGUUUUAAGUCGCAUGAGAGCUAUAUCUGUACAAAAACAAGAUACGAGACAAGAAGGAGAAGAAGAUCUACCGAUGAGAAAAAUUUUUAUUGAUCAUGUGCUUUGUAAUGAGACAAAGUUUAGCGAUAACGAAGUUCGUGAUCACGUGUAUACAAUUGUAGCGGCAGGAUCCGAAACGACUGCACUUCAAACAGCACACACAAUCAUAUUACUUGCAACGCACCCAGACAUUCAGGAGAGAGCUGUAAAUGAGUUAAAAGAAAUUUUCUAUUCGGAUGAAGUUGAGGUUAAUUAUGAUAAUAUUAGCAAGCUUGAAUAUUUAGAAAGAGUUAUAAAAGAGUCGCUUAGAUUAUGUCCAGUUGUUCCAGUAAUCGGUCGAGAAACUCAAGCGCCCGUUAAAAUUGGUGACUAUGAGAUGCCAGCUGGAAUAACUUUGUUGAUCAAUUUUUAUACUUUACAUCGACGACCUGAUAUUUGGGGGCCUGACGCUGAAGAAUUCAAUCCUGACCAUUUUCUACCUGAUAAUGUCGAAAAACGUCAUCCUUACAGCUUCCUUCCCUUCUCUGGUGGCUCAAGAAAUUGCAUAGGAUAUCGUUAUGCGGUGAUCGCUUUGAAGAUUUUACUCAUCCACUUGCUGCGAGCAUACAAAUUUUCAACUUCAAUGGCAUAUAAAGAUCUCAGAUUCCGUACUGACAUCAACUUGAAACUUUGCACGAAACAUUUGGUGAGCAUUGAGCCGAGAAAAUGAUUUUCUUUCCGGUUAUUUAUUUUUACGUCAAAAUUCCAUUUCUUGUGCUUGUUUUUUUUUCUUAAUUUCUAUACAAAUUAAAAAUAUAUAUAUUUUUAUAUAUAAUAAAUUUAUUGAUUGGUAAUUGUGUUAUUGUAUAUUUCUCAUCAUUUUAUUUCACCUGAAACGGCAAUUGCGAUGCGUCGAAUUGUUGCUAUGUAUAGUAGUCAAGAUUAUACAAUAAAAUGAAGCAUUAUUCAGAUGCCUUUGACAUGUUAAUCUUACUUCAAUGGCAUCAUUUUGUUUUCAGAAAGUAAAAAAAACGUACAACUCUGUAAUACGGUGAUUAAGUGAUUACUCAUAAUAUCCUCGAAAUUUAUAUAUGUACAUAUAUGUACAGAUGUACAUAGUAAAUUUUUAUAGCUUGUAUAUAGUUUAUUAAACAAGAUUUAAUUUUGAUCUUAACAUUUAAUUGCUUUAUGCUUAUCAUAGUUUGGAAUAAGAGCAAAAAAAGAAUAAGAAGGCUAAGGAAACAAAGUUCAAUCAAAGUGUGCUUCAUACGAGUUAGUUAUGAUUCUAAGAUCUGAACUUGAUACAAUUUCUGAACUAUUUCUUCGGGCAUACAGAAGGUUGGGUUGAUUUUCUUAAGAUUCUGGUAGCCGAGAAGCGACAAUGCUCCAACACCGAAAAGAGUAUGAAAUAUGUCUGGCAUAUUUCCUGGACGGGCACUAAAUCCGCCAGUGUCAGCAUCUUGACACAGUAAAAUAAAUUCUUUGAGUUUUUCACUGCUUAUCCAAUGAAGUCUGCCAAGAAUGGUAAGAGAUGCG